CAAUUUGAUACAAGAUUCCGUUGUUGCUACCCCUACUCUGGCCAGCUGAGCGCUUUGCCUUCAAUCUUGAGUCGGAAGGAGUGGGUCGAGUGGAUGGUCUCAAUCUACCAAUGCACCUUGGGCAAAUACAGUCAAAAAACCUGUGUCAGCUACAGUAAGAAAACCUUUGGGUGUUUUACAGCCACAAGCAACAUAUAUGACUCUGCAUGAUGGCAGUAACAAUUUUAAGGUGAUUCGCUGUAAAAAUAUUAUUACCAGUGCCCAAAGUUCUUUGCCAAUAGCAGUGAAUAAGAAUAAGCAGCUCAAUAUUCCUUUGCCAAAUAAUGCACAGUUGCGAAUAGUGAGUGUAAGAAAACCUUUCACUACUUUGCAAUCUAACACAACUCCUUAUUUGCCUGCUGCUCAAACAAAACAUUUUAAAAUAGUUGAUCGGAGUUUUGGCUCUGCUAGUAGUACUCCAUCUCAGAAAGCUUCAUGUUUGCCAGCAGAGAGUGGAAAUGGAAAUAAGUCAAUCAUUUCGUUUUCUCAGCCAUCAAGUUAUAAUACUUCAUUGAAACUAUUAUGUAUUCAGAAACCUCUCAGCAGUAUUCUGCAACCAAAGCAGCAAGCAACUUCUACAACUGAGACUAUGAAUGGCAAAAAUGUGAAAGUCAUUCACUCCAGUAAUUUGGGCCCUACAGCCAAUAAUAGCUUUCUGUCCAAACAAACUCUGUGUUUGCCUGAAAAUGGAAGAAAGCAAAUUGUUUCUUUAUCUCAGCCAUCAAAAUAUGCACCAUCCAAAUUAACCCAGCGAGCAAUGGUCAAUUAAUUUACAUCAAUUUGACGUCAUUUUGACGUCAUUUGACGUCAUUUCGACGUCACUUUACGUCAUUUUGAUGUAAUUUUGAUUGACGAUUGCUCGCUGGGUAAUAACUGGAAGAACACCACUGGCAGCUGUGCAGCCAAAGGCAGUAUACACUGAGGCCCCUUAUUUACCUACAAUUCAAGAAGAGGGUAUUGUUGAAGAGGUGGUGUCUGAAGAUUUUCAAGGAGUACAUCAUGACAGCAACCUACUUGUAGUAAAGCAAACACACACUGAUGCUGUAGUGCCUCAGUUUGUUGAUAAUGAUUUGUUGGCUUCUAGAGCCAGAGCAGCAGCUGCAGUUAAUCAGACCCACACCCCUAUAGUUGAUGAAUGUGAUGAUGGCAGUGGUGAAGGUUAUAUUGAUGUUGCAUCAGAUUCAGAUGUUGCAUCAGAUUCAGAUGCUGAAUCUGAAAUUUCAUCUCAUGAUUCAGUGAGGCUAUCUGAAUUUUCAUGUCAUUGCUGACCUCAGUGAAGAUGAAUUUAUACCAAAGAAAAGGGUGCCCACUGCAAAACAAAAAGCUAAGAUAAACCCUAAGCAGCAGGUUAAAACUAAGUUAAAUUGUAAUCCAGAUGAUACCAAAGCAAAG